CGCGGGAGCCCCGGGAGCAUGUCGGUGGAGCCGGGCGGCGGGGCGGCCGCCGCGCCCGCCAGGGUCUUCUUCCAGAGCCCCCGGGCCGCCGCCUCCUCCUCCUCUUCCUCCUCCUCCCCCGGCCCGGCCCGGGACGAUGCGUCCGGCCCGCUCGACCGGCAGCAGCAGCAGCAGCAGCAGCAGCAGCAGCAGCAGCAGCAGCAGCAGCGGCGCCAUCAGCAGGGCAAAGUGACGGUGAAAUACGAUCGCAAGGAGCUGCGGAAGAGGCUGGUGCUGGAGGAGUGGAUCGUCGAGCAGCUGGGCCGCCUCUACGGCUGCCAGGAAGAAGAGAUGCCAGAUGUAGAAAUUGACAUAGAUGAUCUUCUCGAUGAAGACAGUGAAGAGGAGAGAGCCCUCAAAUUACAGGAAGCUCUUGUAGAUUGCUACAAACCAACAGAGGAAUUUAUCAAAGAACUGUUAUCUCGGAUAAGAGGCAUGAGGAAACUGAGUCCCCCUCAAAAGAAGAGUGUAUAACUUCCUGCCCCGAGGGGUGGACUCUUCCCAAGCAGGAGCUGGCAUUUUGACUACCAGAAGACAUUUAAUGGAAAAUAGCUGUAUCUGAGCAACUUGUUUUGUUUUGUUUGUUAGACAUAUACUCAAGGGAGUUGCUCUUUGUUUUUAAGGGUUUUUUUAGUGUCUUUUUUUUUAAAGUCAAAGAUAUCUGUGCUGUGGAUGCUGCACAACUGUCAGUGGAGGAUUAUCAAACGAGAAGGAAGAAUGCAGGGAGUUUGGAAGGGCCGGUGUGGCUGUCGUGGGCGGUGGCUUUCUGGGGUGAAUCAAGAGGCUGGAAGCCUGACUGAGCUGGGAGAAUGGUCACUCCUAACAACUAGUUUGAUAACCGAUUUUUUUUUUAAAGGUUGUACACUUGACUCAUGGAUGUCAAAUUUUUCGUCCUUGUAUAUAUACAGUUAAAUUAUAAAGUGGAUGUGAAUAUUAUUUCACAAGGAAGGAGUAAAUGUGUGGUAGUCCUCUCGUUAAGGAACUCAUUACAGAUUUGCAGCACGUGUUACUGAGGCAGUGAAGAAAUCUUAAAUUCAAGUGUGGCCAUUGUGAGAAUGUGUUUCCCACACGGGGGCGGAGAUGAAAUGUCUUAGGCCCAUUGUUUCAACACAUUAACAUUUGGGGAUUUCAAGGGCUUAAUUUAUCAAGUUCUCAUUUAUUUUGUCAAUCCCAAUGCUUUGCCAGAUCAUUUCCCCUUCACCUCUUUCAGGACACUUUACAAUCGCCCUGACCCUGGGAUUAAAGGUCUGAUGUGGUGGUCUCUAAGAAUGUCAGUACCAACCCAGCAGUGCUUUGCCGUGAGGGGAGAAAGCACUGUGUAGCACUUAACUUCUCUGCUUUGAACCAAAUACCCUGUAUCCUUCCUCCCCUUGAAGAGGCCAAAUAGAAAGGUUGCACAUGUUUCUACCCUUUAUCCGAAACUGGAGUAAGUCCUAAAUCUGUAAAGGGAUGGAGCAGGGUUAUUUAAUGUAAAAAAGGAAAGUGAUAUUUCUAGUGGACCCUGAUCCCCUUUGAAUGGUACCUUUUAGCUGCUGUAAGAAGCUCCGGAGGCUACCAUAUAAAGAACAACAGUAGUCAGGCAUUUUAUAUCAAGGGUGCUCUGAACAUAUUUAUUUUUGAAAAGAAAAUCAUGUUGGUGAAUCUUCUGUAUACUGGCAAGCUUUUUUUAAAUGUAUUUAAUUUUGUAAUGUUUACCAAUGAUUUUAUUUACAAAUAUUUACUCAAAUAAACAGAACGACGUAUAACUCAUGUCACAUG